AUGCUGCCCUCCGCCCUGGGCUGGGGCGUCGCGGGCUCCUCGGCGCUGCUCGACCUACCGGCGCCGCCUGGCUCCGGCAACCUGGGCAAAAGUUUCCUGAUCGAGAACUUGCUGCGGGCGGCCCCGCCGGGCGCCGCCCAGCCCCUCCCCGGGCCGCUCACGCUGUGCCCGGCGCCGGGGGAGCCCGGCCCGGCCCGAUGGGCUUGUCCCCGGCCUCACCCCUCCGCCGCGGCCAGCAGCGGGCUGCCAGCGCGGGCUCCGGACAGAGCCACCGGCAUCUUCCCUCCUGCAGCCACAGUUCUUUCCAAACACUUUUUUCUCCGAGCCCCACCAUUCUACUCAGCAUGCUGUGGUGGGUCCUGUCAGCAUCCUGUAUCCCCCACUGCUUUUCCAAGAGAGGAAAGUGUUCUGCCUCUGUUGACCCAGGACUCCAACUACAAAGCCCGGAGAGGUAUUUUAAGAAGAGCCGUCUUUUCUGAAGACCAGAGAAGAGCUUUGGAGAAGAUGUUUCAGAAGCAGAAGUAUAUCAGCAAAACAGACAGAAAGAAACUUGCCAUUAACUUGGGUCUGAAAGAGUCACAGGUGAAAAUUUGGUUUCAGAACCGAAGGAUGAAAUGGCGAAACUCCAAAGAAAAAGAAGUGCUUUCAAACAGGUGCCUCCAAGAAGAGAGUCUUCAAGAGAACUACCUCUCAAGAUCCGCUCUGAAUUUUACUUCCCCAUGUCCGUCUAUAUGGGAAGUGUCUCAACAGCAGGCAAGUCUGAGAUGGAGGGAGAAUUCUGCAGAACCUUCAGAAAAACUGAAUAAUAGAAAUAGCGCGCAGCCACCUCAAGAAACAGAUUCAUUUCAGAGCACAUUGUAUUUGUACCCUGAACAAGGCACUGGAGACAAGGCAGUUACAUUAUCAGUAUAAAGGAAUGAUGGAGUUCUGCAAAUUGAUCAAAGAACAUAGACUUUAAAUGGGUGUUUUUAAAAAACUAACAAUGUUUGAACGUUGUAAAGCUAACUAGUUUAUACCUCAUCACUUACUAAAAUCUAACACCAUUAAAAUGACAAACAAUUAAUGCUGCAAGAAAUAUUCUUUAAUAUUCAAUCUUCUCUCAUGUCUUUUCUGGUCUUAUCCUGAACUUAUAAAUGAAUUUGGAAGGGAUGGUAAGUAAAAUGAAGCAAAGAGUAUGAAACUGACAUUUUGCUUUGAUUUACAUACUGUGCUGUAUAUACAUACUCAUUAAAACACAGUGAUACCAUACUUUUUCUCUCUUACUGUAGUCAGACUCGUUAAGCUCUUUUUGCCCAUAGGAUAGAGAAAAACCCUUUCUCUAAAGCGCAUAAUUUUUUUUAAAAAUUGCUUACAGCGUGUGACAUCACAAUAGGUUUAUACUGAAAAAAUCUAAUUAUUUUUAGUGAUAUUUCUCCAUCUCUCCUCAUUUAUAUUGGUAUCCAGUUGUGUAUACAGUACAGUGCAAAAACUCAGAUGAGUUAUCCUAAUGAAAGAAUUGAAUUGUAAAAAAAAAUAUAUCUCCAUGUUUACUUCACUUUAAUUUGGACACAAGUUGGAAAUGCAAUUUACUGAGUCAGUUAUUUUUGCCUGGGGAUGAAAUGUACAAUGUCCUUAGCUUUAGUAGCCUUUGUCAGAUUGUCAGUAAAGUAUCUUAUAUCGUGUUUUGUAUUUAAAAUUGAUGAUAGCGCAAGGGAAAAUUAGAACCCACAUGCUAUCGGCAGCAGUACUAUAAUUGUGCAAACUGCCACUCUUACUCUAUAUAAAAAAAUACUUGACAGCUAACAUGCUGUACCAGACUUACUCUUGACUGUUCAUUUAAGCUGGUUCCAAUGGGUAUGCAUCUGUUCCUAAAUUCAGUACAGUAUUUUAUGUAUAUAACUAGCCUGAAAUAGUAGUAUUAAAAUAGCGUUACUUGAAAUGAUUUGCUUGCUUCAUCCACUCUAAGGAAAUCAUUUUGUUGGAUUUAAGAAUCAAUUAUUGUUCAGUUGAGAAGCUUUUUAGCUCCAAAAAAGAGGAAUGUGUUUUCUUACUGUAUAUUUUUUGUGAAUGUGUUUGUUGAGGAGACUGGUUAGAGAUAUUUUAUGUCAGAUGUAAUACCCGUUUGGAGAAAUUUCGGACAUAAAAGGGCACAGCUGUUUGACUCUCUUCAUAGAUUUCUUUUUUUUUUUUUUAAGGCCAGAGGGGAUCAUUAUGUUCAUAUGGUCUGACCUCCUGCACAACACAUUGUAGAAUUUCACCUGGUAAUUCCUGCCUGGACACCUAUAACUUGUGGUUGAACUAAAGCAUGUAUUUUAUAUCCAGGGCUGCCAACUCUACAUGGUUUGCUCUAUAACUUGCAGGUCUUCAGUGCCUCUUACCAGGAAUGUAGCCAUAGACUCUGAUUGGCUGCCUUCCUCACUACCCUGCCUCUUGGGGAAGAGUAACCAAUCAGACCUAGGCUAUGCGUUGAGGGACUGACCACCUGGACUAGGCAGAGUUCCUGCCCACCAUGGCCAUGGGCCAGCUCCAGCAUUUUUGCUGCCCCAAGCAGCGGGGGAAAAAAAAAAUGU